AAAGAUUUUAUUCAUUUUAUUUAUUUAUUUUAAAUAUAUAUAAUUUCCAACUUUACAGAGAGAAGAGAGAGAGAGCUCUGGUCUGGACCCAAAUUCCUCUCUUUCAAUCAUCGAUCGAUCGAUCGAUCGAUCCUCAUCUUCUCCCCAAUUCCAUCCCCCAAAUCUCAACACGAAGUUCAGAAACUUCAUGCAAAUGGCUCCGAUUCCCUCUGAGAACGGCGUAGAGGGAGAUGAUGAGAGAGACGAAGAAGAAGAGGACGAAGAAGAAGAAGAAGUGGAAGUUGAAGAGGACGAAGACGAAGAAGAAGAAGAAGAGCCUAAGCUUAAGUAUCAGAGACUUGGAGGUAGCAUUCCUUCUUUGCUAGCUACCGAUGCUGCUUCAUGCGUCGCUGUCGCUGAGAGAAUGAUCGCUCUCGGAACUCAAGGCGGCACCGUUCAUAUUCUCGAUUUUCUCGGUAACCAGGUUAAGGAAUUUACUGCUCAUACUGCUGCAGUAAACGAUCUCAGCUUUGACAUAGAAGGUGAAUAUAUAGGAAGCUGUUCAGAUGAUGGAUCUGUUGUAAUCAAUAGUCUUUUUUGUGAUGAAAAGAUGAAGUUUGAGUACCAUCGCCCAAUGAAGGCUAUUGCUUUAGACCCAGAUUACGCCAAAAAGGCAUCUAAACGAUUUGUAGCUGGUGGUUUAGCUGGUCAUUUAUAUUUUAAUUAUAAAAAAUGGCUGGGCUUUCGAGACCAGGUUUUGCACUCUGGUGAAGGUCCAAUUCAUGCAGUGAAAUGGAGAGCAAGUCUCAUUGCUUGGGCUAAUGAUGCUGGGGUGAAAGUAUAUGAUGCUGCUAAUGAUCAGCGAAUUACAUUUAUUGAAAGACCAAGAGGAAGCCCACGACCUGAGGUUUUACUACCCCACUUAGUUUGGCAGGAUGAUACACAUUUGGUGAUUGGCUGGGGAACAUCUGUGAAAGUUGCAUCCAUAAAGACAAAUCAGCCAAGAGCAGCAAAUGGGACAUUUUCGAUGUCUAGUAGCAUUAAUCAAGUUGAUAUUGUGGCAUCUUUCAAUACCAAUUAUUACAUCUCUGGAAUUGCACCCUUUGGUGAUUCUCUCGUUGUACUAGCCUACAUUCCUGGCGAGGAAGAUAGGGAGAAGGAAUUUAGCAGCGCUAUCCCAUCACGGCAGGGAAAUGCACAGAGACCUGAAGUACGUAUUGUAUCAUGGAUUAAUGAUGAGCUGUCUACAGAUGCACUACCUGUUCUUGGCUUUGAGCAUUACAAGGCAAAGGAUUAUUCUCUUGCUCAUGCUCCUUUCUCAGGUAGCAGCUAUGCUGGUGGGCAGUGGGCUGCAGGUGAUGAACCACUGUACUAUAUUGUAUCCCCAAAGGAUGUAGUCAUUGCAAAACCCAGGGAUGCUGAAGAUCAUAUAGCUUGGCUGCUUGAACAUGGGUGGCAUGAAAAAGCUUUGGCUGCAGUUGAAGCAGGAGAGGGACGUAGUGAGCUCCUUGAUGAGGUUGGAUCUAGAUACCUUGAUCAUUUGAUCGUGGAAAGAAAAUAUGCCGAAGCUGCAUCUUUGUGUCCCAAAUUGUUACGAGGAUCUGCUUCAGCAUGGGAGAGAUGGGUUUUUCAUUUUGCUCAACUCCGUCAGCUUCCUGUAUUAGUACCAUAUAUACCGACUGAAAACCCAAGACUGCGGGAUACAGCUUAUGAGGUUGCUCUUGUGGCUCUGGCUACAAAUCCAUCUUUUCAUAAGGAUCUCUUGUCUACUGUUAAAUCUUGGCCAUCUGUGAUAUAUUCUGCAUUGCCUGUAAUAUCAGCCAUAGAACCUCAGCUAAAUACUUCAUCCAUGACAGAUGCGCUCAAAGAGGCACUAGCUGAGUUGUAUGUAAUAAAUGGGCAAUACGAGAAAGCAUUUUCAUUCUAUGCCGAUCUCUUGAUGCCAGGCAUAUUUGACUUCAUUGAAAAACAUAACUUGCACGAUUCUAUAAGAGAAAAGGUUGUCCAACUGAUGAUGCUAGAUUGCAAGCGAGCAGUUCCUUUAUUUAUUCAAAAUAGGGAUUUGAUUCCUCCAUCGGAAGUUGUUACGCAACUUCUAAGAGCAAGCAAAAAGUGCGACUCUCGUUACUUUUUGCAUCUAUAUCUGCAUUCAUUAUUCGAAGUAAACCCUCAUGCUGGAAAGGAUUAUCAUGAUAUGCAGGUUGAGCUUUAUGCAGACUAUGAUCCAAAGAUGCUGCUUCCCUUUCUUCGUAGUAGUCAACAUUAUAAGCUUGAGAAGGCUUAUGAUAUUUGUGUCAAACGAGAUCUUUUGAGAGAGCAAGUGUUCAUUCUCGGGAGAAUGGGAAAUACGAAACAAGCUCUUGCUGUACUUAUUAAUCAAUUAGGGGAUAUGGAAGAGGCUGUGGAGUUUGUAACGAUGCAACACGAUGACGACCUAUGGGAAGAAUUGAUUAAACAAUGUCUUCACAAACCCGAAAUGGUCGGCAUGUUGUUGGAACACACGGUUGGCAAUCUUGAUCCUCUCUAUAUCGUGAAUAUGGUUCCCACUGGCUUGGAGAUACCUAGGCUUAGGGAUCGACUCGUCAAAAUCAUUACCGAUUACAGAACAGAAACUUCCCUUAGACACGGUUGCAAUGACAUUCUCAAGGCCGAUUGUGUCAACCUCUUAGUUAAGUACUACAAAGAGGCAAGACAUGGACUAUACUUAAGCAACGAAGAAGACGAAUCACGAGCAAAACGAAACGACAACAACAUGUCUUCAUCUCAAGCAAUCGAGAGAUCUCCGAGCGUGAGAAGCAUGGAACUCAAGUCAAAAACAAGAGGAGGUGGAAGAUGUUGCAUAUGUUUCGAUCCUUUCUCUAUACAAACUGUCUCAGUCAUUGUUUUCUUCUGUUGUCAUGCAUAUCACACUAACUGUCUCAUGGAUUCCACCUAUACAAACGCCAAUAAAACAAACGGAACCACUUCUCGAGAAGAGUACGGCGAGUACAGUAAUGGUUAUGUUGAUGAAGACGACGAUGAUGACAAUGACAACAACGCUGAAUCGGGUAACCCCCGAAUGCGUUGCAUAUUGUGUACUACCGCUGCAAGUUGAGUUUGUUUCGGUGAAGUAUGGGUUCAAAUUUUAUUUAUUUUUAACCAAAUAUAUAUUCUUAAUUGUGAAUAGAGUUGCCUCAUCAUCCAUCACUAUAUUGGCCAGCUUGAGUUGUCGAUUUCUUUGUAUUAUAUGAACAAAGUAAGCCCGGCUUUUCAUUUAUUCUUUUCCUUUUUAUUUAAUUUUUUUUGGGUUUUGAGCUUUGCAUGUUAGCUAAAUUGGGUCUUUUGAGAUCCCUUUUUUGGGUUCAUUGAGUUGCUAAUAAUUUUUUUUUACAUGUAAAAAAUGUCAUCUGUAUGUGUUAUUUGCUACAUUACAGAGAAGAGGAUGGGUUUAUGAUAUUGGUAAUAUUUUUUUUUACUACA